CUAAUUAUACCGAAGUCUUUCCCAACUAAUUGAGGUCCGGUUCUCAAAAAAUGGAGGCCAUUAAAAUUAAAUGGAGCUGAUAAUAAACUAAUAGCGUGUCCAAUGCUGAAUGUCAAACAUGUAACUCAUUCAACUGAUAAAUUGAAUUUUAAAAGGCGCGGGCUAAAUCCAAAUGUGCAAUCCAAGCGCACUUUAAAAUAAAACGGAAACGAUUCAUUAGCGUUCAAUAAGAAACUCGAUAAACUAAUGCAAUGUUGGUAAAAAAAUCUGAAUAAAACGGUAGACAAUGGUAUGCAAGAACUAAGAAGCGAUUUCGCUGGGAACCCGGGACGUUGGCUCGACACAGCGACGAUUACGAAAGAUCAAUCGCUGCAAUCCACAGUUAUAUAAAACACAAGAUUUGAAACAUUGUGUGGAGUUUGUCAAGCUUGCUCUGCGAGCGGACGGAACAGUUUUUCAAUAAGCGUAUCAUUAUGGAGUUAAAGUUACUAGCCCUUGGGCUUCUUCACCUUGCCGUGGCCAACCCAACAAACACGCUCCAGGACAUGCAAAUGGUGGAUGACACGGCUUUAGUGGGAACUUACAUCAGAGCAGUUAGAGCUGCUCCGCCCGAAGAGUUCAAAAAAACUUACGAAAAGGAAAGUGAUGGUAUAAUCGGUUACUCCCGUAAGAAGUCCGGUGGUGGCAAGAAAGGCUACCAGCACUUCGACUCGUAUCACAAGAAGGCCGGCGACCACUACGAGCUAGAAACCGAGGAUUCGUAUGGAAAAGAGGAGGAAGGCCAGGCCGGCGCGCACAGUCACCGGAACGAGAGGAAAGAAAAGCCUGACGAAAAGAAACCAGAGGUUGCAGACGAAGAUGUGGAACGGUUAAAAGACGAGCGGCAUGAGAUUGAUCACGAAGAAUUAAAAGAGGGCGCUCCUGACGGCAACGGGGGAGUGGAAGCCCACGGCCAUGAUCCUAACGAUUACAUCCUUCCAGAAAAAUACACCUACGGUGCAGAAGAAGAAUACGAUUUUUAAAACUAUUAUAUGACCUAGAGUCUCUAGAGACCACUUAGUAAGGGUCUAGACUAGAGUAAAUUUCGAGUCCUAGACCUACAAUGAGGGAAUACGACAACGAUAGAUACGACUUUAACACGAACUAGCUAGACUACGUAGUUACAAGAAGUAAACUCCACCAAAUAUUUUGAUGUCGUUCGUUACGAAGCGUUUUUUUUAAUAAAUUAAAGUGCUUUACACACCAAAGCCUUGGUCCAUUGGUCCCGCUGCGCUGUGGGCCAGCGGCUUUGUUGUUUAAAGCGCUUAAUUUUCCAUCCCUACCCAAAUAUUUUGAUAAGAUCUGUGAUAAGUAAUUUUUAAGAAAUUAUAAUUUAUCCAAUCCAAUA